AUGACAGAGAGAGAGAGAGAGAGAGAGAGAGAGAGAGAGAGAGGCGGGCUGCGGCAGCCAGCUGUUGGAAAGCAGCGCUCCUGACUCUGAACCAUCCGCUACUACAGCACCAGAGGCUGAAACUCCACAGAGAGAAGGAGAUCUACAAGCAGGUGUCAGAGUGUCAGACGGCAGAAAAAAUGGGAAGAAAGAAAAUACAAAUUUCUCGUAUUCUGGACCAGAGGAAUAGACAGGUGACUUUCACCAAGCGUAAGUUUGGUCUGAUGAAGAAGGCGUACGAGCUGAGCGUGCUGUGUGACUGUGAGAUCGCCCUCAUCAUCUUCAACAGCACCAACCGCCUGUUCCAGUACGCCAGCACAGACAUGGACAAAGUGCUGCUCAAGUACACCGAGUACAGCGAGCCCCACGAGAGUCGCACCAACACGGACAUACUGGAGACUCUUCGCAGGAAAGGCCUCGGCCUCGACAGCGCAGAAAUCGACAGUGAGGAGAGCAUGCAGGUGGCUGCAGACAAAUAUCCUCUCAGCGAGGGCAUGGAUCUCUCUGUGGCUCGCCAACGCUUCUAUGCUCCAUCACUCCUCUCACCAGAAGCCCAGUUCCUGGUGUCUGCAGGCUGUGAGAACGGCUUCCCCAACUCCUCCGGAUCCAGCAUGGCGUCCCACAGACCUCCGGGCUUCAAAUCUCUGAGUUCCAGACCCGGAUCUGCCAGCCCUGCUGCGCCACACGCACACACUGCAUUCAUGUCUCCACACUCAGGUAUCGGCUACUCCGUGUUCUCCCACGGCAACCUGAAUCGAGCUCUGGACAUGAAAAGCCCUCCUCCUCUGAACAUGGGUGGUGAGAAUCUGCGGGGAGAUGCUGCUAACAAUCAGGGCAUGGGGGCCACACGUGCUAACCACAACUCUGCUAGGGGCGUCUUGUACCAGGGCCUGCACAGCAGCAGCUCCAUGGUAGCCAUGGGCAAGGCAGGGUUGCUGGGUCACAGUUUGGGAGGCUACGGCCUCCCUUCUCCUGGAGCCUCUGAGUACAGCCAACCUGGUUUUUAUCACUCUGUUAGUCUACAACGAGGAGCAGUGAACCCCUGGCAGCCAGCACAGCCGCCUCAGGAGCCCCAUGGGCCUCAUAUAAGCCUAGGGAUGUCCAGUGGAGGGUGCUCCUUCCCCUCCCAGUCUUGCUCCUCACCCUCUCCACAUCUGCCCUCCCUCAACCUCAGCAUCAAAUUGGAGCGCAGCUCUCCCGAGCACAUGUCCUCGCCCACCUCCCCUCCUCUACACCACCUCAGGCAGCACUCUCCAAUGAGCAACCCCGACUCGGCUCGCCAAACCCCUCCGGAAGCCCGACCGGCCAAUGAGACGAAGGAGUUUCCCAAAGCCGGCUACCCGCAAGACGAAGAGGAAGGAGGGCAGCCGCUCAGGCAGUUAGAGAUAAGUGAUGGGUGGCAGAGAUAGCUGUCUGCUGCAGUCUAACACCAUCUCCCAUUCAAUCAGCUAUCCUCCAUCAAAACCACACACACACACACACACACACAUACACACACACACACACAUACACAUACACACACACAUACACACACACACAGAUAUAUAACCCAGAAGAUAGCGAGAUGGGGUCGAUUUGUCCCCAUCAUCCCAGAGAGGAAUGCCUCUCUUUGUCUCCUCACACAGAGCUGGUCUCUCCUGGGCGAUGGAGAAUGUUCUCUGCAUCACUUGAUUGAUCCCACGAGGAGACAGAUGCAUACAGACAUUUGCUUUUUUUUUUUUUUGUUUGGUUAGGUUUAGUUUUCUGCGUGGAGCUAAUGUGAAUCAAAAAAAUACAAUUUGAAAUGUGUUUGUGUUUGUUUUUGUUUUCCGUGACUUUGUUGAAGUUAGCUACAGCAGCACAUCGGGACCAGCUGAAUUUCUCCAAAGCUGCAAAACCGUCUGAUAUUUGGCUUUCCAAGUGUUCAGUGUCUGAAAAUUGACACUUCGCUGUCUUCGUAUAAAUGUUACAGUGAAAAUGACUCAUCACACCAGACAAAAUAAACCACUUAGUCUCUGUGUACAGUAAACCUUUAUGCCCCUCUUGUUUUAGAAGCUUUAAUGUUUUCGCCUUUUGCCCAAAAAUCACCACAAAAAAAAACAGUUAUCACCCGUCACUGGAGCCUUGGCAUUUUUGAAAUACACUAGGACAUUUUAAAGGAUCAAUUCACAUUUUUUUUGUCUGUCUUAAAACUUACAUGGCCAUUUGAACACAAAAAUAUUUUUUGAUUACUGAAAUUGUUCCUCCUGUCCAUGAAAAUAUCCCUUCAUAAUAAUAAUCUAAUAUAACAAAAUCCAGUUUUUAUUCUUCAGUCUAAAAUAAGAGGCUUCAGUAAUGGUAAAGGUCUUUCUUUUUACUUUUAGUACAUACUGCAUGCAGCUGCACUUACAAAAUACGUACUGUUGCAUGCAGUAUUCAUGCAAUUGGGACAAACUACUUCAUCAUAACAUUGUGCCUUGAACUUUGACCCUCUUGCUCAUAUAGAACAGACAGAACAGCCUUAAACACAUGCUGGCUAACAUACUGCAAAUUGCGACUGGAAUGGAUGUAGCAGGACAUCCUUGUAUUUUUACCAUACUGCAUUUGACAUACGAUGUAUUGGGACAUACUCAAUCUUUUUCUGGCAUACUAAAUAGUAUGAUAGUAUUGGAACGCACAGUUAGUCUUUUCAGUACCAAAUUCCUUCUUUGUGUUUGCCCGCACAGUGUUUCAUUGCAUUGUGUCAUGAUCUUGGGUUUUUGUUUAGCCUGUUUCCGUUUUUUUUUUUUUAAAGUUACUCUCCCUGUGUGUCAUUUUUUUUUACUCCCUGCCUCUGUCUUUUUCCCGCCUGUUUUCCACCACACUUAGUUUAGUUAAUUAGUUUCUUGUGUAUUUAGUCCAUGUGUUUCUCUUUUUCAGUCAAGGCCUAAUGAAAGAGGCGGGUGACACAUGUUAUUCCCCAAAAAUAUGACACGUUGAUGAUGUGUGACAUCUCCUCUUUUCCCCCUCCUUGGUUUCAGUUUCAGGUCGUCUGCUUGUGUCUUGUUCUUUGUGUUUAGUUUUCUUAGUGUUACUGUCCUGUUUUUUACUUGCCAGAAACAGUUAAAGAUAACCAAAAAACACUUGGCAAAAGCAGAGUCUAAAUACGCAGAAGAAAGAUCUGAAUCACACAAGGAAUACUGGAGGAAACAAGGUUGAAAUGCUAACUAAGAAAAGACAAGCUGGCACAGACAAAGGGAAGCACACAGACUAAAUCCACAAUGAAAGGAGGGUGAUAACGAGGGACAGGUGACAGCAGGGCUAAUGAGGGGACAGGUGAAGACAAUCAGGGCGGGAUGGACAAUCACACAAGAGCAGGUAGUAAAGUGAAAUUCAUUUGUAGAGCACAAUCUCAUACAGAUGCAAGUCAAAGUGCUUUACAGAGUAACACAAAGAGGGAGUUUUGUACUAAUACUGUCAUUUUGCAAGAUGUCCACUUGAUUUAUCUCAGAUUGCUGAAGCCUCACAUAAACUCCAGAUUCAUUUAAGAAUCUAUUUUUACACAGAAGGAAGACUGAAUUUUAUUCCCCCAUCUCUUGGAAUCACAUUAAGCAGGGUACUGUUUUAAGACGGUCUUAAAAUAAAACAUGAAUCUAUCCUUUAAACUUCUGGGCGUCGGUGUCUCUCAGGGACUUGGAUGAUGUUUUCCUUGGGACGUUUAAAAACGGCUUAUUUCUGUGUUUGUUUGUAAGAGUAAUUGUGGAUAAGCUACGCUUUAGUUGUAUUAUUCCUCCAAAUAAUGCUAGUUUCUUUUUUUUUUACUUUACCCUAUCAAUGGCAGUCUAUUUCAAACUAAAGACCAAAGUGUUUAAAUAUUGUCCGAAUGCAUUGCAAUCAACUGCAACAGCCAAAGACAUCAUGUGUUUGUCUAUAUUGGGUCUAAUUUGAUUUAAGUCAUUUUAAAAUGGCAUCAUCUGAAGGGCUUCUGCAUAUUGUUGAUAUUAUUGAGCUUUACUGCCAUCAUUGUCUUGUGAUAUUUAGACAUAUAUGAGACAUGGUGUAAUCAAUGAGUCUAAAUAUUCAUAAAAUAUUUCAUAAAAAUCCCACAAAUUACUUUUUUUUAUUGAGGAAUAUUUGGUUUUCAUUAUAUCUGUAAAUGUACUUUGCAAUGUAUUUUUUUGUGCACUGGAUUUCUGUGUGUUUAAGUUUUGCAUUUUCAACUUUUUUUCUGCAAAUGACAAAAAUAUACUUUUGGCUUUGAAUGAAUUUCCACUUAUUGUCCACAAGGGGUCAUCUUAUUUCACAAAAUUUGGAUUUGGGUGAGAAAGUGCAGAGCAGGGAAGACCAGCCUUAACUAUUGGUGAUUAAUUAUCUAAUGAAUCUGUAUGACAGGACACAGGUUCAGUGGUUCACUCUGCAGACCUGCAACAAAUUCAUCAUGACAAACUCUGCAGAGAUUCUUGGUGGAGGUCUUCAAGCUCAAGUGCUGCUGUGGAAUUAGUUCUUUUUUUCAUUUUUUUUAAUGCGGUUAUGUGGAUUAAUAUCAGCAUGAAGAACCAAAUGAUCAGUAUUCUGAUGUUUUUGGGUUGAGUUUUUAUAUGUUUGCUGAAUGCUUCACUAACAGAACAAAGACAGAUUUGUUGUGAUUCCUUUUAAAUAAAAAAACGGUUUGAUUUGUA